AAAGACAACUUGGAUAAAGGAGGACAUGGACACUAGUGACAGUUCCAAAUGUUAUUUUGGUCAGUGUGCAAAAUGCAGCAAAGAGGUGUAUGGUGGAGGAAAAGCCUGCCGCGCCAUGGGACAAAUAUUCCAUCAAAGUUGUUUCACCUGCUGUGUUUGUAGUAAAAAUCUUCAAGGCAAGCCAUUCUAUACAGUGACUGGAAGUAUCUAUUGCGAAGAGGAUUUUUAUUUCUCAGGAGUUCAUCCAUCCCCUGAAAUGUGCUACAGCUGUGAUCAGUUAAUCACAGAUAUGGUCCUUCAAGCUCUCGGGAAGUCGUACCACCCGGCUUGUUUCCGCUGUGCUGUUUGUAGACAGAGCCUGCAGGAUCUACCCUUCACUGUGGGCACAGACAACAAGGUUUACUGUAUCAAAGACUACCACAAGGUGCAGGCUCCGUGCUGUGCCACUUGUAAUAAACCCAUACUGCCGACGGAGGGUUGCACUGAGUCCAUUCGAGUGGUUUCAUUCAACAAAAACUACCACGCGGAGUGCUUCGGAUGUGACGUCGACUUUGUUUGAAGAUGAGCUCGUAUAUCAAAUCAAUGAUAUCACUAUUUUGUGCCAUAAAUCCGGCCUCUGAAGGGUAACACCGAAAGGAAAAGCAGAAGUUUAAACAGAAAACGAGACCAUGCUGAAUACAAGUUCGAUCAACAUGUGUAAAUACUGUGAAAAACUGAAUUCAUUUGUGUAUUUAAAUUUUUAAAAAUUGCUCCCUGGUCCACUACGCACAAAAUUCACAGUUUCAUGGCUUUUCAUUUAAAUUCUGUAAUAUACAGCAAACAAAAGGAAUAAACAUCCAACUCGAUUCAUUAUAAUAUUCCAUCCAAAAUGUUUUUUAAUGCAAGAAAAUAGGUUUAAAAUUAGAAUUUCCAUCUGUUUAUAGUUUUUGAGUUAUUAGCACGCCAAUUAUUUUUUCAAGGCGUUACUUGUUCAGAACGUUAUUUCAAAUGGAUUUAUCACUGUAGAUCAGGGGGCCCCAAACUACGGCCUGCGGGCCGGAUAUGGCCCGCUGCCACAUUUGGUCCGGCCCCCUGAACAAAAAAAAAUGUUUUUUUUUCUUUCAGUAGUGUUAUUUAUUUCCUGGCUUUUUUCUGUGAAGAACCAA